AUGCUCUUUCCCUUGCAUUGCAUGAGUAGUGGAACAUGUUUUGUCCGAAACGCUGCUCAAGCCUCGCUUGUGAACGUGAUCCGCUCUCGUCCGUGCGAUCCAAACAAUCCGCGCAAAGUGCGACCCGCGAUAUCUUCUCUGAGCCGUUCUCAGUGGAAGAUGGCACCCGCUCAGCGAUCGAAGCCCGGAAGCGCCGGCGCUUGGAAGGGGCCCGGUAUCUCCAACGAUGCUGUGGCAGGCCACGUCGCCCAUCUGAAGGACAUGGGCUUCUGUGAGUCGAAAGCACGAAAGGCUUUGGCUGAGUGCGUUUGGGAUGUGAACAGAGCAAUCGAUCUCCUCGUCUCCCGGGGCGCGGAGUCACUGGCACCACUUCCCAAAAGUGUGGUCGAUAGCUCGGAGACAGCUCGCAAUAAGUCCAGAGACGACAACUCGACGACAGCAUCUUCCGUCUCUACGCCAAGACUCCGGAGCCUUACGAGUCUAACCACGGUGGAAUCGCAAGCAGCAGAGCAUGUGGAGAGCAAGGAGGACGGCCAGGAGACAUCUGGCCGAUUCAAAGUAAUUCGACGAGUUUGCCAAGAUGCUUCAGGGCAGGAAGAUACGUUGCUUGCUGCACAGGCAGGUGAUUUCCUCCGCGUAUGGCCUCACACUCAAACAGACCUGGGGUGGAUUUACGCAGAGGAUCCAAUGGAUGCAUCCAGGGCUGGUUGGCUGCCCUCCCUUGCACUUGAAGACGAACAGGAUGGACAUGCUUGGAUUUUGGUGCAAAAGACCAUGCCUGCGGUUCACGAAAGCCAGUUGAAUGUGGAAGAAGGUGAGGUCCUCAAAGUGAAUCUCUCAUCACGGACGCCUGAAGGUUGGGCAUAUGCUGAAAAGGUGCAAAGCUGUGAAGUUCUGCCGGGCUGUCGCCAAACUGUGGGUACCAUUGCAUGUACCGUGGAGAUCUUGCGAACCUUGUGGAAGCUGUUCAACGCCCAAUGCUUGGCGACGGGGUGCGUGAAAGAGAUUCUCUCAUUGGUCUUCAUCACACCUUGCAUUUGGUACAUCCUGACCAUCAUCGGCCAGUAUGAUGAUCGGCUACAAGCCAAACAGAGGGCAGCCAAAGUGGAGAAGGAAAACUUGGCACGAUCCUACAAUGACCUCCUCUCCGACAUGGAUGGCCUGCUGUCGAAGUCAGCAGAGUCCUCUGCCGGGCUGGCGGAGCGGACGUUCGAGUCCAAGCGCCGGGAUUUCCAACGCUUCUUGGAGCGGGUCAAGGAAAGAUACAAAGUCUUUGCUGGCACCAAGGAUGCAGAGCAGGUUCUUCGACAGUUCAAACGCUUUUGCUCCAAUUGGCUGAAGGUCUUUGAGGAGUGCUCGAUCGACCCCAUCCACUAUCCCAAGAAGGUCAUCAACGAGAAGGAUCUUGAUGACUGCAGCAGCAUCGGGGAGGUAGCAGACCUUUGCCUUGACAGGUUGAAGAAAACUGAGGUUCGCUUCAUCAGCACACAGCGCGACCAGGAUGCCCAGCUGCUGAGGAAGAACAAGAAUGAGUUCCGCCGCAUGACCGAGAAGGAGCGCGCCAGCAGGCUGUUGGAGUUACCUGCGCCUUCCACCUCGUCCAGAAGUGUUGGACAAAGCAGCAGCGGCAAGAAGAGGCGGCUUUCGUGGCUGUCCUUGGGUGGGCCAAGGCAGUUCUAUGUGAGGAGCAGUCCGACCAAGGACAGCUAUCCGAAAGAGAUCCGCUGCGGAUGUGGCCAGCUGGUCAUCCUCUCCAUGGAGCAUGCCCGGCUGCUCAUCGGCGUCUUCAUCGGAGCGGCGCUCUUCGCGUACAAUAUUUACCUACUGGUGGAGGCAUCGAAGGACCCGAAGAAAAGCUCCACGUUCCUCAUCCUGAGCACCACAGACCUUUUGGCGGCAGAGAUAUGCUUGAUUGUGAUGCUGAUGAGAUUCGAGGAGUUGGACAUCAUUCAACAGUUGGAGCGGGAAGUGAAGGAACUGGCUCGACAAAACGAGCAAGUGGAAAAGCAGCGCGAGAAGAUGACAGAGUUCUGGAGUAACGCCCAGCAGCUCACCGAACUCUGGCUCUAUCGGACGGUCCCCCGUUUGGAUCUUUACAAGGAAGUUCACAACCAGCUGGAAGAUUGCAGCAAAGAGGACCUCCUCACUCACAUGGCAGGCGCCAACCAGCAAUUGGAGGACUUAGAGCGACAUCUUGGAGAGCUCCAGGACUGGAAGCAGGAUGGGCGAAUUAGCGCCGACACCAAAAAAUUGGUCGGCAAAGCCAUCAACGAGAUCUCCAAGGAGAACGAGCUGGAUAAGAUGCUGGAGAAGCUGGAAGAUGCCGUGUCAUCGAAGAUGAAAGCUCUGAAGGGGCCCAGUCAGUGA